AACCGCCCCAAGUCUCUACGAAGUUGGCACAGAGAGGAGAAGUCCUAGAGCGCCCUUUGUUUUCUUCCGGAGCGAACUCGGGUCGGCGUCGUUUAAGAGGGCUAAAAAGCAGCCAGGAGAAAUGGAUCCUAAAUUGCACGAUGAUGUUCGUCUGACAGUUAAAGAAGCAAUUAGCACCCUAUAUUCUUCCAGAGAUAGUGCCCAGAUCCAGAAGACUCUGUGGACAAUCAGGAGGUAUCUUGAUCAAUCUGAAAAUCCACCCUCCGUAAAACAGAAGGAAGAAUUUAUCCGCAGUCAUUUUACUGCCUUUGUUCAGGGUCUGCUCAGCAACCUGAGUCCUGAUUGGCCAGAGCAGUUUCCAUCAGAGGAAGCCAAAGAACUGUGGGCUAGCUUCUUCAUUGAUGGACCAGCAGAUCAAUCUUUUAUGGUUCUACUAGAUGCUAUAAUUUCUGCAGAGCCGAGUUUUCGUCUGAAUAAAGCAGUCAAUACCCUAGAGCAAUUCUUGCAGCAGUCCAGACUCUCUGCUUUAAUAUGGGAAAUCUGCAAGCAACAUACAGAAACCGGUUCCCUUGUUCUGCGCGAAACGAUUCUCAACAAAGUUGUAUGUUUACCUGAUCACUUAGGGAACAAACUCCAGGGAGGCAAUCGACCAGUCUUCUACCCUCAAAAUUAUUUCCCGUUGCUUGGCAUGGAAAUUGUCCAGGUGAUGGAAAGAAUUUCUGGCUCGCUACGAGAUGGCUUGGAUUGUUCCAUCUCCUUUGUAUCUCAGGUGUUAGGAAAGGUCUGUGUGCAUGGAAGACAAAAAGAAAUCUUAAACGUGUUGGUGCCUCACCUGACCAGUCGCACUCAGUCUGAUUGUAUCUGGCAGAGAAUCUGUUGGCGACUGUUUGAGAGCGUGCCCGAUCGCUGGAUGGAAGCAGUGGUCUGUGGCUUAGUCCAGGCAGUCCCAGGGCCCGCUGUGUUGUCGCGAUUGCUGGGGAAUUUGGUGGUCAAAAACAAGAAGGCCCAGUUUGUGAUCACACAAAAAUUGUUGCUGCUUCAGUACAGCUUUCCGACCAAGGUGCUGCAGACUCUCCUUGGCUACCUUGCCCUGGACACCACCCGCCGUUCCUUACUGACCAAAAUUCUGAGAGAGCUGCUGGAGACCUGGAGUAGCAGCAGUGCCGUGAAACACUCCUCAGCCGAGCAGCAGCUGUACAUCAGCAAGGCCAUCCUUCUUUGUCUGUCUCACCUGGAAGAAGAAGACAUCUCAACCAGCCGACAAGAACUCCUUACCAUCCUGAUGGAGGGAAUGAAAUGCCACCUGGACAGUAAUUUGCCCCGGAUCCGUCGGAUGGGCAUGGUCGUAGCAGAAGGUGUCAGCUCCAAGAUAACGCCGGAAGGGCCCGCCUUGGUGUUUCAGUAUGAAGAAGACGAUGAGAUCAAAGAACUGAAAUCCUUGCUAACCCAAAGACUGGAAGAGACGUCAGAUCCUGAACCCCCAGAUCCUGGGGACAGCACAGCCAACGUGACCUCCAGCGCGGUUCCACCUUCCAGUGUGACCCCACCAGACUUGGAUGCCUCUGAAGACCCCGAAAAGGGAGAUGAUUCAGAGCUCGAUAGCGAUGAUGACCUCGUCCCUUACGACAUGUCGCAGGAUAAAGAGCUGAAGAAAACCAGAGCUCCCAGCUACAUCAGGGACUGUUUUGAAAUUCUGACAGGAUCGGAAGAUGCCGAAAAAUACGAAGCUGCUUUGGGCGUCCUGGAAACUCUGAUCCGGAGGGACACAGCCACCGCUCAAGAGAUGAGCGUGGAACUGGCAAAAGUUUUGCUCCACUUGGAAGAGAAGAGCUACAUUGAAGGGUUCACGGGACUUCGGCAAGGUGCCUUGGUGGCUCUUACUAUCGCAGACCCCAUCCGGGUGGCCAAAUAUCUAACUUCAGAAUUCUACUCCCUGAAUUACAGUCUGCGUCAACGGAUGGACAUACUGGAUGUGUUGGCCGUGUCUGCCCAAGAAUUGUCUCGGCCAGCUUCGUCUCCCUCAAAACCAAAUGCCAGUCAACCCAGUAUCCAAAUCAUCUCUCAUACCUCUUCUUCUCCAGACUGGAAGAAAGUGGUAGAUGAGAGGAUCAGAAGCAAGACCCGAAGGUUUGCAAAGGGCCCGUCCCAAGCAGAACCUUUGGGCACUCCUAACCAGUUUGCUCCAAUUGCUGGCCAUUUCUUCUUCCCACUUCUUCGGAACUUUGACAGGCCUUUGACCACUUUUGACCUGUUGGGGGACGAUCACCUGGUCCUAGGACGACUGGUACACACGUUGGCGAUUCUCAUGUACUUUGCUGUCCAUGCUGCGGUAACACCUGCAAUGGGAAAGGCAUUGCUGGAGUUUGUCUGGGCUCUGCGUUUCCACACCGACACAUAUGUGCGGCAUGGUCUUCUGUCUUCAGUCUCCUCCAUACUCCUCAGUGUACCUGCUGAGUACCUUCUGGACGACAUGACGGAGGAAGUUCUAGAGACUCAAGCUUGGCUGGCAGAUGUCGCGGAGAAGGACCCAGAUGGCGAUUGCAGACAUUUAGCGCUGCAGAAUCUGCUACUGAUGGAAAACCUGAAAAAAAAGCUUGAAGGAGCUCCCUAAAAAGCUGAUGGAUGCAAAUGUCCCCAGGUUUUUAGGAGAACGGGACAAAGGGCCUCGAGCUGGAAAGGCAGAGACAUCUGGGCUUAGCGUGGCACUUACAACUGACGGAUGCUGUUACUAACCGACAUGUAAAUUUAGUCCUAGUUAUUUAUGGUCUUGGCCAAAUUUACUGAAAGUCAAAAGCAAAGUUUUAGAACUGCCGAACAUUUUCACAGAGGAAAACAAAACACGUUUGCUUCCGAGUAGGAAUUGAUGAUGCCUGCCUUGGGUGUUGACGUAGCGGGAGCUGGACAGUGUAUUUCCCAAGCCAAAAAAAGGGGAAAAGUUUAUUAAAAGCCAUUCUGAGCUGG